GCCCCGUCGUCGUUCUUUAGCGGCAGGUCGUCAAUGCAACCAAUCCCUUGUCUCGUGGACCCCACAUCCAUGUCAUCCAUGACUUCACUUGUCAUGCGUACCCAAUCACCUUUCUCCACGUCAUCAAGAGUCCAGGUGUCAACUUCCAAUCACCUCUCUCGGAUUCCUCUAUAAAUCCUUGUUGUUCUUUGGUAUUCUUUGUUUCAGAGAGCUUGCUUGCCUGCUUGAUUGAUUAGUUGAUUUUGAGAGUUGGAAUGGACGGUGGAGAUUUGCAGUUGCCGCCUGGAUUCCGGUUCCAUCCAACGGACGAGGAGCUCGUCAUGCAUUACCUCUGCCGGAAGUGCGCCUCGUUGACGGUUUCAGCUGAGGUUAUAAAAGAAAUAGAUAUUUACAAUUAUAACCCUUGGCAACUUCCUGAGAUGGCGUCAUACGGAGAGAAGGAAUGGUAUUUCUUCUCGCCAAGGAACAGGAAGUAUCCCAAUGGGUCUAGACCGAACCGGGCCGCCGGUUCGGGUUAUUGGAAGGCGACCGGAGCCGAUAAACCUAUUGGGAUGCCGAAGACCGUGGCGAUAAAAAAAUCACUUGUUUUUUAUGCUGGAAAAGCACCAAAUGGUUUUAAAACUAAUUGGAUUAUGCAUGAGUAUAGACUUGCCGACAUUGACCGCAAAAAGAAUGGCUUGCUGCUGGAUAACUGGGUUUUAUGCCGGAUAUACGAGAAGAAAGAGGGAGUGGAGAAGCAGGGUCACUCACCUCGCAAACCAGCAUCUUCGGUUCAGAACAAGCCAACGCACGUGCGGUUCAACCAAACCGGAUCGCACGUGCAGACACCACCGGUCACAAACAUGCUCUGUUUCGACGUGUCGGACUCGCCGCCGAGUUUGCACACCGAUUCCACGCUGUCCGAGCACGUGCUGUCCCCGGACCUCACGUGCGAGAUGGAAGUCAGGAGCCGUCCGAGGUGGCAGCUGGGUUGGGACCUUGCCCCUGAAGUUUUGUUUAAUAACAUGGAUGCCACUGUUGCCGGUGACUUCUCUCCGGUAUCUCCCGGCUUUCGCGAUGCCCUGCAAGACAUGUUCUUGUUGUUGGAGUCUAUGUAGUACUAGUUGUCUGGUUAUCACAAACCGUCGGAUCUCAAUCAUGUGGCUGUUAUUUAGAGUUAGUUUUUUAUGUGCCCUUAAUUCAAUGGUGGUUUAGAUUUU